AUGUUGCAUCUCAUAUGGUUCAGUAGCCACAACAAGUAUGAUGAAUGCAAAAUAACGGAAUUAACAUCGCUGCUGCAUAUAUUCGGAUACAAGGAUGAGGGGGAGGCACUGCUCAAAGACACGAACAAGCACAAGGGUGAAGUGUUUGUUAAGGUGGACCUUCCAGAGGAUAUAGAUUGGAAGAGUGUAAUUUCGAGAAGCGUUUUAAUAAAAGGUAUUAUACAAAUUUGGAGUGAAGGAACAACAUACGAUGACGUAUUAAAUGACUUGCUAAAGAACGAGCAUUUAUUCUCUAACAAUUUGGAGGAUAAAAAAUGGCGUUUCCAUUUUAACUCUUUUGGGAAAAUAGUCAGCCAAAAUGAUAAAGUAAAAAAGAUGGAACAUUUUAAAGUCAUACUUGACAAAUAUCCGAAAGUCGAUUUGUCCUCCCCGGAAGUAGAGUUAGGCCUUCUCGAAGAAUAUGACCAAAACAACCUUGGAAUUUUAAAAAAAAUAUUUUUUGGGAAAUGCAUGGCUUUACGGAAGAACAACAAAACUUUGGUGUAUAGAAGAAACGACGAAGGUCACAUGAUAAACGAUGUAAGAACGAAGAAAACGCAACUAGCCUGGUGGAUACAUUACUCUCUAAACAAGAGACCCGUUUUGGGCCCCACGACAACUGACAACGAGUUAGCAUUCCUCAUGUGUAAUAUUGCCAAAGUGAAGGCAGGACAUAUUGUGUUGGAUCCCUUCGUUGGGUCGGGGGGACUACUAAUUACGUCCUCCAUUUUUAACGCUAUAUGUGUAGGCAAUGACAUAGACAUAAGGCUACUCAAGGGAUAUAAAAUAGCAUACUUGAAUCCUCAUAUGCAACAUAAAAGUAGGAAUAAAAAUAUUUUUGAAAAUUUUUUGCAUUAUGAUUUGACCCUUCCGGAAAUUCUCGUGUCUGAUAAUUCCAAGCCCGUUUGGAAUGCCUUUCACAAACCGUGGGUUGAUGCCAUCGUUACGGAUCCCCCGUAUGGAAACAGGGCCACCGUCCGCAUAUGCCUGAGGAAUGAUCACACGGGGGGCUCUACCCAGGGGAAAAUGCCCUCGAAUGGGGUUACCCUUCCCGGUGGGGAAAACAGCGAUAGCAGCGAAAGCGCAGAUAACCGCGACAGUGUGGACAGUAAAAGAGUAAAAUCUUUAAUGACUACCAAAACGGUCACGUACAGCUGCACCGCCGCUGUGAAAGAUUUGCUAAACAUUGCUUCCAUUACGCUGGUCGAUAACGGCAUGUUGGUGUUUCUCCUACCAGUGCAGUUGGACAAUUUGGAAGAAGAAAUUGCCAUACUAAAGCAUGACGACUUUUUUCUCAUUUCGUACGACUUGCAAACGUUUACACCAUGUUCUGGAAGGCUAAUAGUAUCGAUGCAGCGGAAGUGUAGGAACACUUCUAAUUAG